CUAAUCGUAUACAACCAUGGCACAACCUCCACCUCCUCCAUUCAUGGGUAAUCCUCCACCCUUUCCUCCAGGAUUUAUGCCUCCUGCCACAGGAGCACCUCCCUUUGCUGUCAAUGCACCUCCACCUACGCAACCCACCAUGGUCAACGGUAUUCCUGUCGCGAAACAAGCUCUCAACACAACACCAAGCAGAACAGUCUAUGUCAGUAACCUCAACGAAAAAGUCAAGCUCGACGUAUUGAAGAAUUCCUUGCGUACAUUAUUCAAACAAUUCGGAAACGUACUCGACGUAAUCGCACACCAAAAUAUUCGCAUGCGGGGACAGGCAUUUGUCGCGUUCCCUGAUGAGGAAAGCGCUGAAAAGGCCAUCAAAGAAUUACAGCAUUUCGUUCUCUAUGAUAAACCUAUGGUGCUUCAAUUUGCACGUAAUAAAUCCGAUGUUCAUGCCAAGACCGAUGGCGAUUUUGAAGAGCAUCGCAAACAGCGUUUAGCAAAGAAAGAGGAAACUGCUAAAUUACCUCUUCCUGGUUCUCACAAGCCCACCUUCAAAGCAAGCAGACCUCAAACACACACACCUGCUCACUUUAAUCCUACAGCCAACAUCCCUGAUGAAUAUUUACCUCCCAACAACAUUUUGUUCUUGCAGAGAUUACCCGAAACUGUGACUCAACAACAGUUGGUCGAACUCUUCCAACGUUAUCCUGGUUUCAGAGAGGUGCGUAUGAUUCCCACCAAGAAAUCUAUUGCAUUUGUUGAAUACGAUAAUGAGCUUCAAUCCGCUGUGGCACGAAGUGAAUUAUCUGGACAUUCAUUCGGUCCUGACCAAGAAAUGAAGGUCACCUUUGCAAGAAAAUAAAAAUUAUCAUGAUCCCCCCCCCCCCUUCCCUUCAACCGUUAUUUCUAGGAACAUUAGCACAUCGUUCUUAUUCAAAAAUAAAAAACUCUUUGUGUAUAAUAAUAGAAAAAAAAAAAAAAAAAAAAACUGUUUUUUAUUCUACAAAUCCCAUACAAUUUCAGUCACAUACAUAGAAACAGUUUGCCGAGAUUCUCCUAACGCAUCUAAAUCAUCCACAUGAAUCUUUAAUUGACCUGGC